AUGAGCACCUUUCAGAGCUCCUUUGAGUCCAACACUACCAAAGCCAAUGCAACAAUCUCAAAUAUGAGUGUUUCCCUUCGCACCGAGAAGGAGACUCUCAAGAAGGUUCACAUAGGAAUCCAAUUUCACCAAUUUGAGCUCAACUCCUCUAUCACAUCCAAAAUCACCAAGCUUCAAGAUGACUUAGCUUUUGAGAGCAAAAUAACGGAUGCUCUCACAUGCAAAACUGAGAAGGUGAAACUGCUCACUGUGAAGCUUGAAUCUGCUGAGAAGAAAGUCAAUGAGUUCUUAUCCGAGAGAGCUGUUGCGAAAGCUAUGUUUCCGACAGUUUUCCUCACUUUCGAAACAAGGGGAGAAUCUAAGAAACCUUCACCCAAGAAAGUAAGUGAACAAGAAAAGCCAAAGGUAUCUAAAUCUAAACCGAAGGGUAAUGUAUAUUCGGGUUCAAAGGGAAAGGAGAAAGUGCUAGAAGAAGAAGAAAAGGAAGAAGAAGAAGACAAAAAUGAGAAACCAAAGUGCAAGGCUCAUGAUACCAUUCUCGAUGAAAACAUGCGCAUUGAGAGAGAGGCAGAGGAAAAAGAAAUGGCUAAUCGUGAUGCUCAAACUGCCUUAGCUGCCAAGAAACUGCUAUUUCCUCCUCGGUCCAUGGAGCGCAUGCUGAAGAAGUUGUAG